AUGAUAAUUAUAUGCGAUACGUUAGAUCGAUAUAUGAAUAUUGAUAAGAAAAUUAUACAAUGCCACGUUAUUGAUGAUGUUGCUGAUCUUAUACAACACAAUAAACAUUUGAAAUUAAUCAUUUUUAUUCCAUCAUAUGCUACUCUUCUACCAGAAGUGCGACAAAUACUCAUUAAUAGCAGUCGGUAUAUUCAUUCAUUGUAUGUCUACAGAAAUAAUAUAAUUCCACCAUUAACAUUAAAUUUGCAUGAAACAAUAUUUUCUGAUCAAUAUUUCUAUUCUUAUUUAAUGUUGGUUCAAAUGGAAAUGUAUUAUUUACAAGCGAAUGAUUAUCAUCGAACAAACGAAAAUGCCUUAGCAAAUUUGUGUAGACAAUAUGCUAUCGAAUUAUCAGAAAAUAUGGAUCGUUUAUGUUUAAUUUCGGAAGUAGAGUCGUCUCACCCAUAA